AUGAUGAAAAACAGAUUUGAACCAAUAGCAUGUCCUGUCUGCUCAAAAAACGUUUAUUUUGCAGAAGAAAUAAGGGCUAUGGGUCGUGCGUUUCAUAAACAAUGCUUCAAAUGCUGUCAAUGUUCCAAAGCUCUGGAUAGUUUUACUGCAAAUGAUCAUAAGGGUUCUUUGUACUGCAAAAAUUGCUAUGCAAAGAACUACGGACCAAAUGUCUAUGGUUUUUCAACGAAUGGCGCACUAAUGAGAAGUACUUAUGAUCUUCGAGAUUGUACUAAAAUGAAUGGUUAUUCACAUUCUCAUAGUCCAAUGAUAAAUCAAUCACAAGAUUAUCAUUCACAAGAUCGUUUAACUCAUUUAGAACAUAGUGGAAAUUAUAUUCCACGUCCAUUUCGUAUACGAUGGUCUAGUGGAAAUUGUAAUUCAACACGUUGUGCAAAUUGUUCAGAUAUUGUUUAUGCAAAUGAAAGAAUAGAUGCAGUUGGUAAGGUAUUUCAUCGUUUAUGCUUUAAAUGUAAUGAUUGUCAACGUCUUCUUGAUCGUGGUACUGCAUGUGAUCAUAAUCGUGAAGUAUUUUGUCAUAAUUGUUAUAUUAAAAACUUUGGUUCCAAAGGAUUAAAAGCUGGUACAAAUCUACGUUGUGCUUAA